AUGAAGUCAAGCUUCCUCCUCAUUCUCUCUCUAGCCUUUGUCAUAGUUCUUGAUAGGUCAACCAAAGGCCAAGCCGCAGCCGGACUAGAGAAUCAUUUCUACAAGAAAACAUGUCCUCAAGCUGAGGAAAUUGUUCAGAAGAUUAUAUGGAAACAUGUUGCUGCAAACUCAGAGUUAGCUGCAAAAUUUCUUAGAAUGUUCUUCCAUGAUUGCUUUGUGAGAGGUUGCGAUGCCUCCAUAUUGCUUGACUCAGCAAAUCAAACUGCUGAAAAGGAUGCACCUCCAAACUUAACGCUAGCAGGUUUCGAAAUCAUCGAUGAAGCAAAGACUGCAUUGGAGAAGGCUUGUCCUAAUACAGUCUCUUGUGCUGAUAUAGUUGCAUUGGCUGCAAGAGAUGGAGUUUCCUUUCAAUUCAAUGCGUCCAUAUGGGAAGUUGAGACUGGAAGGAGAGAUGGUAGAGUUUCUCAGAUACAGGAGGCACUUAAUGAUAUUCCCUCCCCCCUCUCUGAUUUCAGUACUCUUGUGCAGUCCUUUGCUAGUAAAAAUCUUGAUGCUAAGGAUCUUGUUGUGUUAUCAGGUGCACACACAAUUGGAGUAGGACACUGCAAUCUCUUCAGCAACAGGCUCUACAACUUCACAGGCAAAGGAGACUCAGACCCAUCCUUAAACUCAACUUAUGCUUCAUUCUUAAGAACACAAUGCAAAAGCCAGUCAGAUACAACCACAACCGUACCUACGGAUCCAGAGAGCAGCACAAAAUUUGACAGUAACUACUUUAUAACAUUAAAACAAGGUAAAGGUCUUUUUCAAUCUGAUGCUGCUCUGCUCACUAAUGAUAGAGCAAGUAAUAUUGUUGACAAGCUUCAAGAUUUGAAAAACUUCACCAACGCGUUCAAGAAUUCGAUCAAGAGGAUGGGACAGGUUGGAGUUGUCACGGGGAGCGAUGGAGAGAUAAGGAAGAACUGUCGCGCUGCAAAUUGAUAAUGAGGUGCAAGAGAUUGAACAAGAUGAUUGUUUCGUUGAGUUUUCCAAGCAAAAUAUAUGUAUAGUGUUGUGUGGUUUAAGGUUUCGUCUCAAGAUAAAAUCACAUGAAGUUGGAGUUUGAUUUGAUGUAUCAAAAUCUUUGCGGUUGCAUGUAUUGUUACUUUUACCUAUGUCUGUGGCCUACUUACUAAUAUA